CCGACUGCGAUAGACAGUGCAGAGGAAGAAAAUUAUUUUAUUCGUGAAGUUCAACAAUUACGCUGUGCAUAAAAGUGUUAAAAAACAUAUAUAAAAAACCGAAUUGUGAAAAGUGAUUGAAAAAUUAAACAAGAAGAAAGUGUAAACUAAGUGAAAAACAUUUUAUUUCCACUCAUAAAACGCAUAUAAAUCAAGAAAACAGCUGUAAAGUAGUAUUGCGCAGUUCUGAUUGACGUUUUAUAUGUCCAAAACGCGUGCAAGCCUUAAGGCCGUGCAACUAAAGCACGAAUCAACGGAAGAAGAGGAGGACGAGGAGGACCAGCAGCAGCAGCAGCGCCCACGUCGCAACAUGCAUACGGUUGGAGAAACAGGCAGCGGAGUGCCAGCCUUUUUGGCCAAACUCUGGCGUCUGGUUGAGGAUAGCGAUACAAAUAAUUUAAUUUGUUGGAGCAAGGAUGGACGCAGUUUCAUUAUUAGAAAUCAGGCCCAAUUCGCUCGUGAGUUGCUGCCAUUGAACUACAAGCAUAACAACAUGGCUAGCUUCAUACGUCAAUUGAAUAUGUAUGGCUUUCAUAAGAUCACCUCGAUUGAGAAUGGCGGACUGCGUUUCGAUCGGGAUGAGAUUGAGUUUUCGCAUCCGUGCUUCAAGCGCAAUUAUCCCUAUCUGCUGGACCACAUCAAGCGCAAGAUAUCCAAUACCAAGACCGUGGAUGAGAAGAGCGUGCUGAAGCAGGAGACUGUGUCGAAAGUGCUAAGCGAUGUGAAGGCUAUGCGAGGCCGUCAGGAUAACUUGGACUCGCGUUUCUCGGUGAUGAAACAGGAGAACGAAGCUCUCUGGCGCGAAAUAGCCUCGCUACGCCAGAAGCAUGCCAAGCAGCAGCAGAUCGUCAAUAAGCUGAUACAGUUUCUGAUCUCGAUAGUACAGCCAUCGCGUAACAUGUCCGGUGUGAAGCGUCACAUGCAGCUGAUGAUCAACGAUACACCGGAGAAUGCUCGCAAGCGUAACGCGAGCGAGUCGGAGAGCGAAGGCGGCGGCCCCGUUAUCCACGAGUUGGGCGAGGAGCUGCUUGGCGAGGUCAUGAACCCGAACAGUCCCUAUUCCAAGCAGUAUGAAGGAGAGAGCGUCUCACCGCAAGCUAUGGAGCGGCCUCGCUCUAAUGCUAGCAUUGCCAGCUCUCAAAAUUAUGACUACUCGAAUCAGAGCGCCGAAGAUUUUAUUACCGCUCAGCUAUUGAAUAGCGGUGACGGUACAACCAACGUCCCCUGCUCUCCGGGUGGCCAACAAGUGCUCUACACCGUCACAGAGGCACCCGAAACUCAUGUGCAGGAGCAACAAUUUCAGCCCAGUCCCAAUAGUCUCUACAAUAGCGAUGAGCAGUUAAAUGUGCUCACCACGCCCAUGGUGCGGGAGCAAGAGGCGCGCAAGCGUCAGCAGCUUAAGGAGAAGAACAAACUGCGCCGUAAUUUAGAUAUGCUGGGCCAGGUUGAUUUGGAUAUGUCUCCAAAAUCCUCACGCACACGUAAUGGGCAAAACGAGUCACAGGUGAAUAUGCCCCAAGCGGUGCUGGUCAAGACAGAGCCGGAGGCAAGGGGUGUGGCUGCGAGUAUGCCUUCCUUGCUAGAACCUGAUUCGAAUGAUGCGGAUCUCUACAAUGUGAACUUUAUUAGCAACGAUAUGCCAACAAAUAUAUUUGAGGAUGACUCCUUGAUGUCCUCCGCUGGCAUGGAUGAGCAAUCUGCCAAACUGGAUCAACAACAACAGUUUGGGCGUAAUACUGUAAAUAGUGGAAAGUUUGCCGAUAUGCCGAUCACCUUUGACCUGACCAACAGUAGCCCUGAUAAUCCUUUGGUAGCUGAUGCCAAUUUGGCCUCGACUUCAAAAGCGGCCGCAGCUGCCAAGGACAAUAAUAAUGACCAACAAGACCAACAACAGUUGCAACCGCAUCAAGCAAUGGCAGUUACCAAGUACACUGGCGAUAAUGGUAACGAUUCUCGAAUACCUGCAGUGGAGGAAGUCUCCGGUCACUUGGAUAGCCUACAAGAUGAGCUUGAAACCCUGAAAGAUCUACUGCGCGGCGAGGGUGUUUCCAUUGAUCAGAAUAUGCUAAAGGGCUCUGCGCCGAAAGGUGUUGCUGCCAGGAAUCCCGCAUUGCAGCUGUCCGACGAGGAGCUGCUACUGAAGGUCUCUGCGCUUUUCAAUGACUCAGAUGUGAUGGAUAACUAUGGCCUGUCCUUUUUGAAUGACAACAUGACUUGUGACAAGAAAGCGAAUAGCGGCUCUGAGCUAAUGGCAUAUCAGCCCAAUAUGUAUGAUCUCUCUGACAUUUUGGACACAGAUGAUACCAACAAACCGGGGCAGGAUGCAACCAAUGGACGUGAACUGCUGACUCAGAGCUCUGUCCUGAAUACACCGCGCCACGAUUCGUAGAUAGCUCUAGAUAAUAAGACUUAGUCAUAGCAGCAGCUCAAACA